CAGGGUGAAAUGGCAGCUUCUUCCUCGUCCUCUUCGGCUGGCGGAGUGAGCGGCAGCUCCGUAACGGGAUCGGGAUUCAGCGUUUCGGACCUGGCGCCGCCCCGCAAAGCCCUCUUCACUUACCCCAAAGGAGCUGGGGAGAUGCUGGAAGAUGGCUCUGAAAGAUUCCUCUGCGAAUCUGUCUUCAGCUACCAGGUUGCGUCGACGUUAAAGCAAGUGAAACACGAUCAACAAGUGGCACGGAUGGAAAAACUG